CCACACCCUCGGAGGUCUGCGGACGGGCCAGACCAGGUCUGAAACGGGUCUAGUGCAGUCAUGGGGGUGGCUCUGGAACAGUUCUUCAUUUUCGUAGGGCUGCUGGUGUGCCUGGUGUACCUGGUGAAGUGGGUGAGAUUCUCCAGAUAUAUUUUCCGGCACUUCUGGAAAGUUUUGCCGAAGUCCUUCUUGAAGUCAAUGGGACAAUGGGCAGUGAUCACUGGAGCAGGAGAUGGGAUUGGGAAAGCUUAUUCAUUUGAGAUGGCCAUGAAAAAGUGCUCCACAACACUUGGCAUCAGGAAACUACAAAUCAAAACCACAGUUUUGACACCAGUCGGAGAGGCACUUCUACUAGCAAGACGAGGACUCAACGUUGUACUCAUCAGCCGGACACUUAAGAAACUACAGGCCACUGCCACAGAGAUUGAGUGCACUACAGGGAGCAGUGUGAAGAUAAUACAAGCAGACUUUACCAAAGACAACAUCUACGAGUAUAUUAGAGAAAAACUUAAAGGCUUGGAAAUUGGAAUUUUAGUCAACAAUGUUGGAAUGCUUCCAAACCUUCUCCCGAGUCACUUCCUUGAUACACCAGAUGAGAUCCAGAAUGUCAUCCACUGUAACAUCACCUCAGUAGUGAAGAUGACACAGCUAAUUCUGAAACACAUGGAAUCAAGGCAGAAAGGUCUUAUCUUGAACAUUUCUUCCGGGGUGGCCCUCUUUCCCUGGCCUCUCUACUCCAUGUAUUCGGCUUCCAAGGCUUUUGUGUGCACGUUUUCCAAGGCACUGCAAGCAGAAUAUAAAAGGAAAGGAGUCAUCAUCCAGGUGCUGACCCCAUACGCUGUUUCAACCCCAAUGACGAAGCAUCUACACACCAACAUGGUAACCAAGACUGCUGAUGAGUUUGUUCAAGAGUCACUGAAUUAUGUCACUAUUGGAGAUGAAACCUGUGGCUGCCUCACCCACGAACUCUUGCGGAGCUUCCUGAGCCUUGUCCCAUCAUGGGUUUUGUACAGCAGCGCAUUCCAGAAGAAAUACAUGGAGUACCUCAAGCACAAUUCCAACAUCAAAUAGUUCAAAUGAGCUGAUGUGCCAGCAUCAUUCUCUUUGCCACGUUCCCUGUUGGUUGCAGGAAACUAAGGAGCCCCGGCCACACCCCUGAAUCUGGAGAGGCUGUCACAAAUACAGUCCCUAAAUACAACUGUUUUGUGUUUUUCUUU